GCUAUAAAUACAAGCAUUAUCAACCUCAUGCCAUAUCAUUAACAUUCCAUUGCCAAAGUUAGCUGGAGAUUGAAAAAGGAAGGCAGUGAGAAAAUGAGGCCGGCAACCAACUCCACCGCAGCUACUGCUGACGCCGGCUUCCGGAACUGGAAAACACCCAUUCCUUACCUCUUUGCCGGCCUAGCCGUCAUGUUGGGGCUCAUUGCGGUGGCAUUAGUAAUUCUAGCUUGCUCUUAUCGUAAAUCUUCUUCCCACUCGCCUAGAGAUGCUGAAGGAAAACCAGCAAAGCCGGUGCCGGUCACGGAGGCAGAUUCCGAGCCGAAGAUUGUUGUCAUCAUGGCAGGAGAAGAAAACCCUACUUACUUGGCCAAACCCGUCUCUGCCGCUGCCCAUACUGAAAAAGUCUAAGUUGAAAUGCUAGUAUUUUGUUUUCCUUUUCCUUUUUUUAAUUUUUUUUAUUAUUAUUUCUUAGAAGUAUAAUUUUUCUGUAGUUUUCUUAUUUAGGCUUUGCGAGAGAAUAUGUAAAAAAAAUGAGGUAAUUAAAAAUAAAGCUGGCUGCCAUUUCUUAUCA